AACAACAUGGUCAAGUCAUUUGCACAAGCAUUGGAUCUCAAGAAUGAUGCCGAACUCAUUGCCGAGUACAAGAAGUAUCACAGGAGUGUCUGGGUCGAGGUCAAGAAUGCCUUAAAGUCAAUUGGUAUAACAAAGAUGAAGAUAUUCCUUGUUGGCACACAUUUAUUCAUGUAUUAUGAGUCCACUGAUGACUUUGAUCCAGCAAGAGACUUCCAAAGAUACACUGAUCUGACACCAAAGGCCAGUGAAUGGGAUCUUCUCAUGAGAAAGUUCCAACAAAAGAUACAAGAGGCGAAGGAGACGGAUUGGUGGUGUCCAAUGGAGGAGGUGUUUGAUCUCGAGUGG